ACAACCAUACUCUUUUUUGUUUUUCAAGAUAACAAUUAACAACAAGAAAGAAUUGGUAAAUAGUAGUAGUAGUAGAAAAUCAAACAGAAAACUCAUCUGCAAAUGUUUGCUGUUGCCAGUUGUUGAAUUUCACCUCUUCUUAUUUGGCUAUGUUCUCUCAAUACCGACCAAGACGGCUCAACUUCAACUUCAACCAGAAUAGUACUUUCUUCUCUCUCUAACAAAACUAUGUCUAGAAGAUUACUCCAACAACAAGAGACACCUCCUCCUUCCUCCUCCUCGCCGCCGCGCCACGUCUCCGGUGCUUUGUUCUUUUUACUUGGAGGGAUAGUAGUUCUCGUCAUAUUGCUCAUUCUUCUCUGUGUAUUCUGGAAGCGUAUUAAACGUGUCCCGCCAGAACUACCAGAGAAGAAAGCUUCGCCGCAAAGUCAGAGUCAAAACCAUGAAGAGGUGAUGAAGAAAAUUGUCCCAACUAAUCAACAAUCAGAUACAGGAUUCAUGGAGUUCAUCAGUGGAAACCUUAGGACAAUUAGCUACUUUGAUUUCCAUACAUUGAGAAAGGCCACCAAGAAUUUCCAUCGCCGGAAUCUUCUAGGAAGUGGCGGAUUUGGCCCGGUAUAUCAGGGAAAGUUGGUAGAUGGAAGGCUAGUUGCUUGUAAGAAACUGUCUCUUGAUAAAUCUCACCAAGGGGAAAGAGAAUUUCUAGCAGAAGUGAGAAUGAUCACAAGCAUCCAGCAUAAAAACCUCGUUCGCCUUCUCGGCUGUUGCUCGGAUGGACCUCAAAGGAUACUCGUUUACGAAUACAUGAAGAACAGAAGUUUAGACCUCUUUGUUCAUGGGAAUACGGAUGAGUUUCUUAAUUGGAGCACUAGAUUCCAAAUUAUUCUUGGAGUAGCGCGGGGAUUGCAAUACCUUCACGAGGAUUCGCAUGUAAGAAUUGUUCACCGCGAUAUCAAAGCAAGCAACAUUCUUCUUGACGAAAAGUUUCAGCCGAGGAUUGGUGAUUUCGGACUAGCUAGGUUCUUCCCUGAAGACCAAGCUUACCUUAGCACUCAAUUUGCUGGAACACUAGGCUAUACGGCUCCUGAAUAUGCAAUCAGAGGAGAAUUAUCUGAAAAAGCAGACAUCUAUAGUUUUGGAGUUCUUGUGCUCGAAAUAAUCAGCUGCAGGAAAAACACAGAUCUCACUUUACCAUCAGAUAUGCAGUACCUCCCCGAAUAUGCAUGGAAACUUUAUGAGAAGUCAAUGGUGAUGGAUCUUAUAGAUCCACAUCUGAGAGAAAAAGGAUAUGUAGAAAAGGAUGUUAUGCAAGCAUUUCAUGUGGCAUUUUUAUGUCUUCAGCCACAUCCAGAUUUGAGACCUGCAAUGUCACAGAUUGUAGCAAUGUUGACAUUUAAAAUUGAUAUGGUUACAACGCCAAUGAGGCCGGCUUUCCUUGAUCGAAGACGCGUAAUGGAUGAUGAGAACCACUCUUGGGAAGUCAUAUCUGAGGUUGUACAAACUCCUAUAGCUAGUGAUUCUAUGUUGUAAUGUAAAACACUAAUAUCAGAAGAUCACUGAUCCAAUUUUUCUGCUAAAAGAUGGAUUUCGUUACGAGUAUAUAUGUGUGUCAAAACUCCUUAAAAAUCUAAAAGACAAAUAAUUGUUUAAUGAAUGCCACGAGAGUCCA